UACUCGGCGUGACGACAUGAAGUGGUUUAGCUUGUUCUUGGUUUUUGGCAUCCUCGCCAUCAUCGGCAGCCUGGGCACUCUGACUGCCGCCGAACCGAAUCCCAAUCCGGAGCCCAAGGGUCGUCCUUACACCACACGACGUCCGCGCAAUGACAACGAUGACGAUCGACGCUAGCAAUCCGAGCGGAUGGAGGAGAUGGAGAUGGAGACGGAGUCCGCAACCAAGUCCAAGCUUCCGCGACGCUGCACCGAACCACAAAGGACACAGGAGGCACAUCAACUCUCGGUGAAGGUGAAAUGUUUUGGAGUUGAGAGAAUGCAAUUCGUUGAGAUCCUACUCAUCUAGUGGGUGGACCUCCCACAGGACACAAUAAAUGCAAGUUCCGUUUACAACA